AAAUAAUUCAAAUCUUUGCGGUACAAAUAACUGAUUGUGUGCAUUUUUUUCUAUAACAUUUUGCAAAAUAAAGAUUUUAAGUCAUUUAAGGUCUAGUUAAUUAUAUUAAACAAGGAAAAUGACGAGAACAGCCGCAAUAGAAUUAGGAGACUGUACACAUCAUAAUCUGAAGCAACUGAAAAAGAUCAAUUCUGUUGUUUUUCCUGUAUCCUACAAUGAUCGGUUCUAUCUGGAUGUCUUAGAAUCUGGCGAAUUGUGUAAACUAGCUUUUUACAAUGACAUUGUUGUCGGUGCCGUCUGUUGUCGAAUUGAUACCUUAGGUCAUCAGCGACGACUGUACAUUAUGACUCUUGGAUGCUUAUCACCAUAUCGACGUCUUGGAAUUGGCACAGUUAUGCUUAAUCAUAUACUUAAUUAUGUUGAAAAUGAUGGAAAUUUUGAUAAUAUAUUUCUACACGUACAACUUAAUAACGAAGGAGCAAUUGCAUUCUAUAAGAAAUUUGGCUUUGAAGUUGUGGACAAGAAACAGAAUUACUAUAAGAGAAUUGAGCCUGCCGAUGCAUACGUACUCCAGAAGAAUCUUAAAAACAUACCCGAAGGAACGACGUCAGCAAUAAUUCAGCAAAAUGGAACAACCAUGAACGGUACAUCAUCAUCCAUAGAUUCAAAUUAAAUCAAUUUUGUCAUUUGUAAUCGUUAAUUCAAGUCAGCAUGGAGGAAAUACAUUAAAAAUCUUUUGAAUUACA